AUGCGCAAGUUAUCCCUGCGCUGCUCACCAACCCCACAUUCGGUGCCGGGCGUGCCACCGCCCGCGCCAACCCCACCGCCGUCAGCAGGCCUGUCACCCACGCCCACGCCACCGACCACGCCCGCACGGCGGCUGGUCUCCUCGCGCUCUCUGGGCUCCACCUCGUCGCCCCCGCUGACGCCUCCGGUCGUCUCACAGUACAACAUCCCGCCGUGCCUGCCCUCGCACCAGCACCACGCCCAGCUGCCGCCCACCCCAGGCCCUCCCUCGCACCGCUCACUACCCGCCCUUCACGCCCACCACGUGCAGAAUGAUGCUCAGGCCCAUCACUCAUCCCACCCGACAUUGCACGCCCACCACCACUCCCUGCCCAUCCAGGACGCCCACCCGCACCACUCCUCGCACCCCGCCCUUCACGCGCAGUCCCCUCACUCCUCCCCGCCGGCCAACCGCCCGCCGGGUCAUUUCUCUCACGCCGCGGCCCUCAGCGGGCACCAGCACCCGCGGCAGCUGCCCGGUCUGCCCCGCCAUCACACCAUCGGCGGCGUGGGCAGCGGCCGCAUUCUGCCCCCCGCGCCGCACCAUGACCCCUCCGCCGCCGCUUCCGCCGCUGGCACGGCCGCCGUCGUCGUCGUCACCACCAGCAGCGUGCCCCCCGCGCCCGCCCAGCCCAUCACCACCACGAUGGCCAGCCUCGCCGCGCGCCCCGCUCACGCUCUCCACUCCGCCAGCUACAAGUACAGCCUGGACGUGCCUCGUGCCAACCUGCGAGACAUGCGGAGCAACACAUACCCUCCGCCAGGCGCCGACGGCUCCUCGCCCUCGCAGUCGUCCUCCACCACGAGCGGGACUACGAGCGGCGGCGGCUCCGGCGGCUCGCAGAACUCGCCCUCGGACCUGUUCCCGCCCUCGUCCCCGCGCCUGUCGCCGGGAGGGCCCAUGGUGGCGCUGGCCGGGCGUGUGUCUCCUCAGCUGCCGCCCACGUCCCCCUGCGGACGGGUGCCCCCGCACUCGCCGGGGCCACGAUCCUCGCUCUCCUCCUCCGUGUCCUCCUCGUGUGCCACGUCGCCCGUGCCCCGCCUGUCCCCAGUGCCACGCUCACCUGUCCACGCCCCCGUCACUCUCUCGCACUCCGCCCACUCGUCCCCGAGUCCAGCUCAUGCUUCGCCCAGUCACGCCCAUGCUUCACCGGUGGCACGUGGCUCGCCCGUGCCACCGCCCAUCAUCAGCUCCCCGACGCCCACGAUUCGAGGCUCACCCGCGCGGAGGAAAGGCUCCAUGCCUGAGUUGCGCUCGCCCUUGUUCAGGAAGACGACUCGGCCGCCCCUGCAGCGCUCGCACGCCACCGCUGGUAUAGAGACGCCCGGCACCAGGAAAAGAGAGGUUGAGAAUGAGGAUCGCAUGGCUGCGGAACAUGCACUCCUUGAAUGUAUCUUCGGAGGCUUUCUUGAUUGGGUCUCGUCUUGGCGGAGAGCCCAGUGA